AAAAAGGCAUGUCGAUCUCGCGCCUCCGCGGCAAUGGCGUGAUUGGCAUUCUGCGCGAGGCAGCCAACAAGUGGGAACGCCGAGCACCCAUUUCGCCGACGGACGCGCGCAUCCUCCGCGAGCUGCGCCAAGUCAAAGUGCUUGUGCAGCCGUGCAACCAGCGCGUCUUCUCUGACGACGAGUACAGGGCUGCUGGUGCGAUCGUGACGGAAGAUGUCAGCGAGGCAAGCGUCCUGCUGGGCGUUCAACGUCCAAAGCCGGAAACACUGCUCCCCGAUCGCACGUACGCGUGCUUCACGCGCACCAUCAAAGCCCAGCGUGCAGGCAUGCCAUUCCUGGAUGCAGUCCUGAAGAAUAACAUUCGCCUCUUUGACUACGAAAGCAUCACCCUCGACGGCCUGCGAAACGGCAGUCGCCUCGUGUCCUUUGGUACCCUUUGUGGCAAUGUUGGCAUGAUCAACACGUUGCGCGGACUCGGAGAGCGAUUCUUGAGCUUGGGCUACUCGACCCCUUUCCUCGGCAUUAGCUCUGCCUACAUGUACCCGACUCUAAAAACCGCUAAAGCUGCCGUCGAUGCGCUCGCCAAGGAAAUUGCAAAGAAUGGACUGCCCGCCCCAAUCACCCCGCUGACGUUUGUGUUUACUGGUAACGGCCGUGCGUCGCUGGGCGCGCAGGAGAUUUUCAAGCUGCUCCCGCACGAGUUUGUCAAGCCAUCGGACUUGCCCACUUUGGCUCACCGCUGGCACCAACCGGACAAGGGCAACGCUCGGUUCAAGGUUUACGGCUGUGUGGUUGAGGAAGAGGACAUGGUCGCACGUCGCCAUGACGCCGACGAACGCAAGCAGCAGCACGGCGACGCCGCCAAAGCCUCGACAUCCUGGACCACCAACACGUUCGACCGCCGCGAAUACCACGCCCACCCAGAGCUGUAUGUGCCCACAUUCCACGAACGCAUUGCGCCGUUCGCCAACGUGAUUAUCAACGCCACCUACUGGGAUCGCCGCUACCCGCGCCUGCUCACCAACAGACAAGCUCAGGCGCUGCUCGGAGACCAGCGCAACGCCCGCGAGAGCCACCAGACCACGCCUGGCAGCCUGGCCGGCACGCAUGGCCUGCUCGCCGUUUCCGACAUUAGCUGCGACAUUGACGGCUCUGUCCAGUUCCUCAGCCGCACCAGCACCAUCGACCGCCCGUUCUACGUCUACGAUGCCUUCCGUCACCACGCGCACGAUGGCGUGGACGGAGAGGGUGUGCUCAUGAUGGGCAUUGAGCAGCUCGCGAGCGAGUUGCCCCGCGAGUCCACCCGCAGCUUUAGCUCGGCGCUGCUCAACUUUGCUGCCGAUCUCGCCUUUUCCGACGGCACCAAGCCCUUUGAGCAGCAGUCCCGUGAGCUCCCGACCUCCCUUUCCGGCGCCUGCAUUGCCGCGCACAACGAGCUGACUCCCAACUACAAGUACAUUGAACGUAUGCGUCGCGAGCUGGCAAGAAGCAAAGUGCGCCCGGCAGCCACGCUGGACAACACGGACGCUGUGAGCACCACGAUUUUGCUUCAGGGCCACCUGUUUGAUACCGGCUUGAUCAACCGUGCCCUGGACAAGGUCGAGCUGUACAAUGGCAGCUUUGACAUUCGCGAGUGCAUGGUUCGCCCCAACAUGCCCGCGCAGCACCUUAAGUCGACAAGCAGCGCGGUCGUUGUUCUCGAGGCUCCUUCGCGAUCAGACCUCGACGCGCUGUUGGCCGAUCUCCGCAAUCUUGUUCGCGACACCCCUGCUGCCGAGGCCACCAUUACCGAGCUCGAGUCGUUUGACUAGAGCGUCCUCUCUGGUUUUGCAUGAAUUUAACACAAAAACAACAAUUGAUUUUUUUUUUUUUUUUGCUACCGUUUGCUUUUAAGGGUUUUUGUUUCUACUGUG